AUGGCUGGGUCAUUACCGCUUGAAACCCUUCAGCACAUAUUUUCCUACCAGACAAGCCGCCUAACCCCAUGCACUUGUGUCUGCCGGCAAUGGCAGGUCGCCGCUGAGAGAUUUACCUUCGCCGAUCUGCAUAUCAAUUCGGCAGACCUCGACGAUUUCCGUCGGAUUCUUCCUUUGUCCAACUCCGCCGGUCGACGUUUCCACCUCCGAAGUUUAUAUUUCAAGAUCAUUCUCCCAGAAUAUAGUGUUGCUGCCCGCGGCCACUAUGAAACCCAAGAUGAUCGCGAUGGCAAUAACAAGGUCUUCACGCAAGCCAUAACAUCCCUUUUUGAAAUUCUGAGCUCAUGGCCCAAGUACGAUUGCUAUAUGUCACUGCAGAUAUAUGCCAGGUCUCCAAGUGAUUGGCAAGCGGAGCCGGACUGGACCAUACGACGUACUCGGCAAGAACGAGGCUACGCUUUUCCAGAGGAGGAGCUGCUACAGCGGCGAUACCAAGAUUCCUAUCUACAGCUGAUGGGAAAGACAGGUCUUCCUGAUGUCAAGUGCAUUACUUCAUUGGAUGUGUCUGGCUGUGAGAAUUUCCGCAAUAUUGCACCGGGAGCUGUAUCCAAAAUUACAGUCCAUCUUCCACGACUGCAAACCAUUACCGCCAGACUUUGUGACAAAGUCAGAAAUGAUACCGAAAUGUGUGAUGGUCUUGGUGAUUUCCCUACAGUUGCCGCUAGUUGGCCUUCUUCCCUGCGACAUUUACAACUAAGAUAUGAGCCACGCUAUGACGAAGACUACAUACCGCACUCAACCCCAGGCCCCAACUUUCGGUCCCUUGCUUUGCACCAAAUGACUCAGCAGCUGGAAAGUGUUGACUUAUCAGAAACCAUGAUCGGCCCUGAAUUGUUCUGGCCGGUAGAUGCUAACAACACCACCCCAUUUUGGCCAAACCUUAUCCAGAUUACCAUAAGAUACUCAAAUGCUCCCGCGUCAUGGGACGACUCAGUCGAACCACCGGAUGACCAACAAGAAAGUCCAUUCAAGAGUAAAUAUCUCGAUGAGUUGAGUCUCGCUGCUGGACGUGCUGCUCAACAUAUGCCUCGGCUAAAUUCCAUGGAAAUUGGUAUCGGUUCAUCGAGCACGCCGGCAUCCCAUUAUUAUUUCACGUACGAUGCAAUCCUGGGCGAAGCGAUAUGGGCGAUCAGCUCGGAGUUCUACGUAUCGAAGAAAGCACAACAGGCGUGGGAUGUUGCGGCUAAGCGCCACGGAACUGCUAUGCCGUCUGUGGUAGUUUGUGCGAUGGACACUCAUUCCUCUAAUUCAAGUUUGUCCGCAUAA